AUGUCAGCAAUCCUAGACGUUCUUCGUGCUCAAGGAAUUUGUACGAAAGCAGACGUCUCUUCGAUCUCGGGGGGCUGUAUUAAUGAUGCUUUCAAACUCUCUACGGACUCCGGCGACAUAUUCGUCAAGACACAUAACGCUCGAAAUGCUGUCGUAAUGUUUGAAGGUGAAAAGGAAUCACUUCAAGCGAUCUCGGAAGCUGUUCCGAAUUUCGCGCCUAAGCCUUUGUGUGUUGGAAUUUUGCCGAAAGGUGGUGCGUUUCUCGCGACAACAUUUCUUCAGCUUUCUAAGUCAAGCACUCCUGACAUGCAAGUUUCGUUUGCAAAAAAACUCGCCAAGCUUCAUUCAACAGAGUCACCAAACGGCAUGUUCGGGUUUCCUGUGAUGACAAUGUGUGGAUCCACGGAACAGGAUAAUGAAUGGGAAAAAGAUUGGGAAACAUUCUUUAGAGAACGAAGGUUAAGACCUAUGUUAAGUAAAUGUUUACAAGAUAACCCAGGCGACGUUGAACUGCGAAAACUUGGUGAGGUUGUCAUCGAUAAGGUGAUUCAUCACUUGCUUAAAGAUAUUGAAGUGAAGCCCGUUUUAAUUCAUGGAGAUCUCUGGAGCGGGAACUGGGGUGUCGAUAUAAACGAUGGACCAGUUGUAUUUGAUCCUUCUUCUUGUUACGGACACAAUGAGAUGGAAUUCAGCAUUUUAACCAUGUUCGGUAGUCCAGGACAUGCUUUUUUCAAGGAAUAUUAUUCGCAUCAUCCGCGCCAAGAACCCGGAUAUGAGCACAGACAAGGAGGCUAUCGAGGAAGUUCCAUAUCCAUAAUGCGGAGGUUGUGUAGGUUGGUGGGAAAAUAA